UUUCAGAGUGCCAAAUUUAGUAAUGGAACUGUACCUGAACUAUGAUUGUGAUGUUUACAGUACUAAUGUAUUUGAGGAACUCUGCAAACUUCUUUCCAAGAAUGCCUUCCCUGCGGCUGGAAGUCUUUAUAGUGUCCAUAUUCUUGCUCUUGAUGCUCUUCUUGCUGUAGUUCAGAGUAUUGAAGAACACUGCCAUUCUCAGUUGUUAAACACAAUAGAAAAGGCAAUAGAUGAAAAUAUUCCUAACAAACUUCAAAAGAAAAAGACAGGUGAUGACGACUCAGGGACAGAUGAAAACUGUGAUUCACCACCUUUGUCUCCACCCUCCCCACCCACCUCAGGCUUUGCUAUGGCCAAGAAAAUGGCAGUGGGUGUGGCUUCAGAGGAGAGUGAAGAGAUUACACAGAAGUAUAGUGACAGUGAUAAAGUACUUCAAUCUCGUGUUGGUCUUGUGUUCUCUUCUGACCUUCCAACAGCUGACACCCUAGCUAAACUGAGGCAGAGAAAAAAGAUUCUUCAAGCAGGCACUGAACAGUUCAACACCAAGCCCAAGAAAGGAAUUGAAUUUCUCCAAGAACAUGGACUGCUUUGCUCUCCCCUUAAUCCAGAAGAAAUGGCCAAGUUUCUACGUGAAAACCCUCGCCUUGACAAGAAGACUAUUGGUGACUAUAUUGGUGACAAAAAGAACAGCAGGAUUCUAGAGGCCUUUGUUCGGUCUUUCCAUUUCCAUGACUUGAGAGUGGAUGAAGCUCUGCGUUCUUUCCUGGAAAGCUACCGUCUUCCUGGUGAAAGCCCUGUCAUUGAACACAUCAUGGAGUUCUUUUCUAAACAGUUUUAUGAAAGUAAUCCAGAACCAUAUGCCAACAAGGAUGCUGUAUUUACGCUGUGUUAUGCUGUUAUUAUGUUGAACGUGGAUCAACACAAUUCCAACAUCAAACAGCAGAAGCCGAUGACAUGUGAGGAUUUUAAGAGAAACCUGAGAAGAACAAAUGGUAACGGUGAUUUUAAAGCAAGCAUGCUGGAAGAAGUCUAUCAUGCAAUCAGAAAUGAGGAGAUUGUAAUGCCUUCUGAAAGAAGUGGAAAAAUAAAAGAAAAUUAUGAAUGGAAGGUUUUGUUGAGACGUAGCAGCACUCCAGAGGGGAAAUACAUCCAUGGCUUGGGUAGUAGCUUUGAUCAAGACUUGUUUUUAAUCAUUUGGGGUCCUGCAGUGGCUGCUCUGUCAUAUGUGUAUGAUAACGGACUGGAAAAAAGUGUUGCACAGAAAGCUAUUUUGGGAUUCAGAAAAUGCGCCCUCAUAUCAGCCCAUUACAGCUUGUCAGAUGUGUUUGAUAACCUGGUUAUUUCACUGUGUAAAUUUACCACAUUACUUAUCCCACCCGAGAGUGGGGAAAGUCUACCAGUGUCGUUUGGUAGAAAUCUGAAAUCUCAGCAAUCAGCAAGAACACUGUUUGCUUUGGCUCAUCGUCACGGUGAUAUUCUCCGUGAAGGCUGGAAGAACAUCAUGGAUUGUAUGUUACAACUGUUCAAGGCAAAGAUGCUGCCCAAAUCUAUGGUGGAGGCUGAGGACUUCGUGGAGGCCAGCGGGAGAAUAAGUCUUUUGCCAGAAGAGCUGCCAUUUGCAAGGCCGGAAACCUCCAUAUUUUCGUGGUGGUUUGCAAACCCUGAACCUGCGAGCUACAGAGGCCAGUCUACAGAGGAUAAAGAGGCACAGAAACAAGCUCAUAACUGCAUUAGAGAUUGCCAUCCAGAGCUCCUUAUCACAGAGAGCAAGUUUUUGAGACCGGAGUCGUUGAAUGAACUUAUGAAGGUGCUGAUUUACAAUUCCAGUUUUGAUAAUCAUGAAUCAAUGUCCGCUCAGACAUGUGAUGAAGAGGCCGCGGUAUUCUUCCUUGAGCUCCUAAUAAGAGUUGUUUUGCAAAACCGGGAUCGUGUUUCAGCAUUAUGGGGCACGGUAAGGGACCAUCUUUCCAACAUUCUUGUGAACGCAUCUCAACACAGUUCAAUUGUAGAAAGGUCUGUUGUGGGCUUACUCCGGCUGGCGAUUCGCCUUUUGCAUAAAGAGGAAGUCUCCAGUCAAGUCCUUUUAACUCUACGAAUCCUUCUCCUAAUGAAGCAAAAUGUUCUUCAAGCUUGUGGCAGGCAAAUUUCAUUCGGACUUCACGAACUUAUUCGAACCAAUGCCUCAAGCAUAACAUCCUCUAGAGACUGGGUCACAGUGUUUACGCUCUUAGAAUGUGUUGGGGCUGCCGCCACGCCACCUACUGUCACUUCGGGUCCUGUUGCCAUGGCAUCAGUAUCCAAGGAUCCGGAUAGUGAUUCAAUCGCGGGAGAUUACGAAUUUGCCGACGGAAUUUCGAACUCGGAAAGCGAUGUAAGCUCAUUUGCGAGCAUCGAGGCAGAUUCGGCAUUAAGCGGAAGCGUUUUAGGAGACACGUGGUUAGUGAUUACGAAACAGGAUUCGGAAAGUUCUCCUGCAAACCAGUAUGAAUUGACUGUAGGUGUUGAAUUAAACAAACAUGAUAGUAAAUCAUUUGUCAAAUCGUGCCAGACCUUGGCAUUUUUAAUCCGCGAUAACGCUCACGUCACCAAGGAGAAUUACCUGCAGUGUGUGCACGCCAUUCGCGUGUUUUCAGAAGCCAGUCUGAAUGGAGGUGCGGGAUACCGGCAAGACGGCUGGCAAUUUAAAGAAAACGGAGCUGAUUACAAAGGCAGCUGGGGACGAUCAAGCAAGAAGGCGUCAUCGUCAUCCUCGCGUUUGAAGAAAGUGAGCCCAACAGGCUUAAAGACGCGCAAAUCUACUAAGUCAGCAACAAGCAGUCCAGCCACGAGCGAAGACGAAGCUGAAAUUGUAGAGACUAUUAACAAUACUUACGAUGCUAUGUCUCUCCAACUCACCGAACUCAUGUACACGCUACACACUCAUGCAAGCAGCAUCUUUGAGAAAAUCCCAGGUGAUAGUAACCAAUCACAGCAAAGUAGGCCUAGUGACGUAACAGCACAUGAUCAGAGCAUGGACUUCCUGUGGACUAAAUGCUGGUGUCCCUUGUUGCAAGGAAUCGCGCGGCUCUGUUGUGACGUCCGCCGUGAUGUAAGAAUGUCUGCGCUCACUUAUCUCCAGCGGGCAUUACUUGUUCAUGAGCUGCAAGAUCUGACAGCAGUGGAGUGGGAAGCGUGCUUUAACAAGGUUUUGUUUCCCAUGCUGUCUCAGCUGCUAGAAGUUAAUAGCAACGGUGACCCAAUGGGUGUGGAGGAAACACGCAUGAGAGCUGCCACACUCCUGUGCAAGGUAUUUCUGCAGCAUCUAACUCCUUUACUGUCACUGUCCACGUUCACUGCCCUCUGGCUUACAAUCCUUGAAUUCAUGGAUAAGUACAUGCACGCAGAUAAAAGCGAUCUUUUGUUUGAAGCCAUUCCAGAAUCCUUGAAGAACAUGUUACUGGUGAUGUCAACAGCUGGGAUAUUUGAUGAAGAGGAAUGUGCACUAACAGCUCAUUCCCAGGGCGACAGCCGCAAGACACACAGCAGAUCAGACUCCGAAGUACACAAGUACUCCGCCCUGUGGCAGGUCACGUGGGAGCGAAUCGACUGCUUUUUACCCAAUCUACGGCAAGAGCUUUUUACACCUCGUAGCCAAUCUCCCCCUGCCAACACUCCUCCAGUCAAGGUGGAGCAAGAGAAGGUAUUGACAGAACCAUCUAAUCCUGGUUCAGAUUUGACGUGUCCUGUUGAUGAAGUUGAGAAAUUGAAUAAGCCAGACAAGCCCGACAAGCCUAACCCUGGCCCAAGCUUGCCCUCAAAACAGGGAAGCACCAGCACUAGCAGCAUCUCUUCCCCUCCUAGCGGGGGACAACAACAAGUCUGUGUGGUGCUCCAGCCACCGCUUCCAUCUUUAGCAAACAGGAGCAGCUCCCCAACACAUCUGGGCUCGUUGGCGGACAAUGUACGUCCCAGCUCAGUACCUAUCAUCCUGGCUCCCAGUCCAGCCCUUUCAGCUCGGCCACUCUCCUCACCUCAGGGGUCUCGGUCCUCAACACCUACUGAUCCAGGCCCCAAACAAAUGGAAAUGUCUGAGGAAGCUCCUGUGGGUGAUAACCAUGCUGAAACUUCCGAUAGCGAGUCAGGGAAACCUGCUACAGCAGCACAAGAGAGGCCAAAAGCUUCCAUUUAUGACAUUUAGAACGUUACCUAUAUUUUAUUGGAAGUUAUCAAAUGAAUUGGGUGCCUUAUUUGGGCCUUUUACGCAUAUUGUAAGGGUAAUUUAACAGUUCGCACUUGAUCGGAAUAAGAAAAAUGCAAUGUAAUAAAGGGCCUCUAACAGUCUUUUUCACACAAUACUUAGGCAGGUAAUGAAUUGUAACGUGACCGUCUGACGUGUUGCAUCCUUUGGAAGUGAUUUUAAUGGAUUUACUUCAGUUACCCGAUCACAGGAAAGUAAGAGUAAGGUGGUAUGUAAUAAUAGUCUGUGUGAUUGAUCAGGUUUGAUGAAGGUGGCUUUUUCUUUUUCGCAGUAAUCAAUUUUCAUGUCAAGGGCAUAAGGCAACUGGAAAAAGGUGAAUCUGGAAACGUAUACAACAACAUUCAAUAUUUAAAAUAAUAAAAUUGUGUUUUGCUUCCAUCGCAAUAGACUAAUCUAAGUUAAAUUUUAUUUAUUCUUCAUCCAAACAUUCGUGAUAAAUUGGCACAUAUUGGUUGAAUUAAGGAGGCUCUUGAUAGUUGGAAACGCUGGUGGCAUUAUGUCAUCCAUUCGUCAACAUCAAAUAUAGAACAAGAGUGGUAUACUAUGUUGCCAUUCUGUUAGCCCCUGAAACUCGUGACUGGGUACGUUCAACUGUGUCUACCAACUGUAUUUGGCGAUUGUUGCUCACACAAACGUUUAGCGUUGAAUCAUGUUCAUUUCUGUUACAAAGUAACUAGUUUCGAAAGAAACUGUUGUGCAGGGAUAGUAGGCAAGUAAUCACUUAAUUGAUUAUGGUAAAUAAACCACCGUGGCGAAUUUGGAAAGCUGAGUUUUCGAGUGUUUACUUUUUGCUGAUCCUCUGGGCCAACUCUGGAAUCAUCAGCGUCACAAAUUCACCAUAAAUAAUUUGCCGUGAUUGUUUUUAUUAGCCUGUCUCGUCUUCACUCUUUGCCUCCUCUAUCAUGUCAUACGAAUCAGCAACGAUUAAGAUAGAUGUUGCAAUUUGUUUCAAUUUUGUUCAAAUGUGAACCAAAAAGCACUGUAGGUUGUCUCGGUUGAAACGAUAGAAAUAGCUAACAUGGCAUGACCUACAUCACUUUCAACGUCAAUAGAUAUCGAGUACAAAACUACAAAUGGAAUAAAACUACGUGACCUUGAA